UGAUUGUACUGCUGGGAAAAUAUGUUGAACCACUAGGUCUUAGGAAAAAUAAUCAUUGCACGUAAGAGUGAUGUAGAUAAUUUAAUUAUUUGUAUUGUAAAUAUAUUGCUGUUCUGUAGGUCUGCUUGUACUGGAAGUUUUUAAAAGCCAUCAAGCAGGCGAAAAUCCUUGUAGGAUUGCCAUUGAACAAGGAACAACUUUUUCUUUAUGUUAUAUGCUUCGUCAAUUGCACGAAUUUUAUUCCUUCCGAGUUCUUCUUUCAUUAGCUUUUCAUAAAAGAAUUAUGCCACUCAGACAAACUACGAAAAGAAAAAAAGUUGAGAGUUAUGAGUCAAACAGUGCUCCUAUAUUUGAUGCGCCUACCCAAAAUGUAUCCAUAAAUAUCGAAACAAGCAGGCGACAUUACCAUGUAGCGAGAAAUGAAUCCUCCAAAAAUCGCGCACCUUUGCAAAAUUCGGAGACUUCUCCAACCUUCGAAUUGGCUAUACCUGGGUUAAGACGUUCAAAAAGAGGGAAAAAACCAGUUAAUUAUCGGACAGGAUCAGAUAGCGACCCAGAGGAUGAGAAUCCUCUUAUCCAAGAAAGCGAAAACAAAUCAUAUACGAGUGAAGACUCGGAAGCUUCUGUAAAAGAUGAGGACGGUUCUUCUGCCUCUGAACUAGACGAGGAUCAAAGUUUGCUUUCGAAUAUUAGCUCUAAACAAAAAGGAGGCACUUCAACAAGAAGGAAACGAUCGAAAAAUGAAUCGUCUGACGCGUCGUUGGAAGAAUCACAAGCUCCCCGACCUAUCUUUGACUGUCAAGACAAACCUCUUCCUUGGAAAGGACGUCUUGGCUACGCAUGUUUAAACACUGUGUUGAGGCUUUCCAAAGAAAGUGCGUUUUGCUCACGAACUUGCCGAAUAGCUACAAUUCAAAAAGAAUCUUUGCAGUUCGCCAAGGAUUUAGGUAUAAAGAACACAAAAGACUUAGCUACUCUUAUUGAGUGGAACCAUAGAUUUGGCAUUCAUUUUAUGCGGGUCAGUUCUGAUCUGUUUCCAUUUGCGAGCCAUGGUAUCUAUGGGUACUCAUUGGAAUAUGCAGACUCUUAUUUACAAGCUGUAGGUGAGCUUGCGAAUAAGUAUAAUCAUCGCUUGUCAACGCAUCCAGGACAAUAUACGCAAAUAGCUUCACCGAAAGCAUCUGUUGUUGAAAAUGCUAUUCGAGAUCUUUGCUAUCAUGAAGAAAUGUUGUCCAGAAUGAAACUGAAUAAACAAUUAAAUUGUGAUGCAGUCAUUAUAUUGCAUCUAGGAGGGUCAUUUGAAGGAAAAGAUGAGACGCUUUCGCGAUUUCGCGAAAACUAUGCACGCCUUCCUGAAGCCGUCAAAAGACGUUUAGUUUUGGAAAAUGACGAUGUCACAUGGUCCGUCCAGGAUUUACUUCCUCUUUGUCAAGAAUUGAGUAUUCCUUUGGUUUUAGACUGGCAUCACCACAACGUUGUUCCAGGCACUUUACGAGAGGGUACUUUGGAUUUAAUGCCUCUUUUGCCGGCGAUUCGAGAAACUUGGACUAGAAAAGGGAUUACACAAAAACAACAUUACUCAGAAUCAGCAUAUCCUCUUGCUAUCUCUGCUAUGAAGCGCCGGGGCCAUUCUGAUCGUGUGUACAGUUUACCUCCAUGUGAACCAGACAUGGAUUUAAUGAUAGAGGCUAAGGACAAAGAGCAAGCAAUAUUUGAAUUGUCUAAAAUUUACAAAUUGGAUAAUCCUUCAUGCCCAAAGGAGAUCGAAGGACCGGAUUUUGAUGUACAUACGGAAGCGUAUUACCCUUCUGGCGCAGAACGGCGACUGAUAGCCCGCAAACAAAGAAAAAAGAAAGCAAAAAAUAAUAAUGAGGAAGCUGAAGACGAUAAAGAGCUGAAACUUGAAGACGAAUUAGAUACAUAAAAACCAUUCAAAAUAUUACUUUUCCCUUUGUGUUAUACCAGCAUAAUAGUAACGAUAUUCCCAUC